AUGGUGGAAGAUCCCCAGUUUUAUGAAGAUAGACUGAGGAGUGGGAGAUCUGAGGAGUUCAUAUGUUUGCUUGAGACAGUGAAUCGUCAAUUUAAAAGUCUUCCUCUGGUAACUAUAUAUGACCCCAUUAACAAGCUAUGGGAAAAGCUUCCUCCCAUUCCCGCAGAAUUCGAAUUCUGCUCAUCCUCCAAGCUUAUCUGUGUUAAGCACAAACUGCGGAAAGGAGCAGAUAUGCCCACCCGAGAAUGCCCAGCUAACUUUGGCUGCUGUGCAUCACCUGAAGGACUGAUUUAUCUUGCUGGAGGAAGACAGAAUGGGGAAAUUACAGGCAAAGCUACAAGCCAAGCUGCAGUUUACAAUGUGGAGACGAAUGAAUGGAAGCUUCUUCCAAAUAUGCUUCAAAAACAAUGGUUAUGUGAGUGUGUUUUUAUUGAAGGCAUAAAGUAUGUUGUAUGCUUGUAUGAUGAGGAGGUUCAACAAUUCGAGCCAGAGACAGAAGUCUGGUCAAUUUUGCCCAAUAUGUGGUUUAUUGAAGAUUGUCUGUAUCCCAUGGUGGCCGCAUUUGGGCGUUUGUAUUGUUUUCAGUGGGAUGUUGUGACAGAAUAA